ACGGAGAAACUGUAAACAGUGGAAUUAUGGCCAAACAUGCGGUGCUGUCAUCUGGAUCAAAAAUGUGGAGGUCUAUGUCUUGUUCAAAGUCCGAAUUGCGUCUCGAUCUCACUCUUGCAUGUGGACAAUCCUUCCGCUGGAGGGAAACAUCAGAAGGACACUGGACCGGUGUGAUGGGAGGGCGUGUUUGGACUCUGACCCAAACAGAUGAGACUCUUUGGUACCACGUGUACAACAACCAGGACAAGCAGAAGGAGGGAAGUGACAGGAAGAGAAGAGUUGGUGUUUCUGUCUUGGACAAAAAUACAGCAGAGAAGAGAUUCAGAUGUGCUCCAGAGAAGGAAGAAGAUGAGCCGUUGGCUGUUUCUUCAGUACAGAAUAGAGAGCUGGACGAAGAGAUGCUGAGAGAUUACUUCCAGCUGGAUGUGAGGAUGGGGGAUCUGCACAAGGAGUGGGGAGCAGCAGAUUGUCACUUCAAACACAUUGCCGAGGUCUUCAAAGGUGUGCGAAUGCUGCGCCAGGACCCCACUGAAUGCCUGUUUUCCUUUAUUUGCACCUCCAACAACCACAUCUCUCGGAUUCAGGGCAUGGUGGAGAGGCUGUGUCAGGCUCUGGGCUCCCCCCUGUGCCAGCUUGAUCAGACCUCAUACCAUGACUUUCCUACCCUGUCUGGGCUGGCAGACAGCAGCAUAGAGGCACGUCUUAGGGAUCUUGGUUUUGGAUACAGGGCUCGGUUUAUCCAGCAGAGUGCGAAGCAGAUUCUGGACAACCAUGGGCCCCAGUGGCUUGAAGGUUUACGCAGCAUCCCAUAUCUAGAGGCCCGUGAUGCUCUUCGUACUCUUCCAGGCGUUGGUACAAAGGUGGCAGACUGUGUAUGUCUGAUGUCCUUGGAUAAGCCAGAGGCUGUACCUGUUGACACACACGUGUGGCAGAUUGCUAAACGUGACUAUAAAUACGCUGCCAACAAUGGACAGAAGAGUAUCACAGAGAAACUAAACAGAGAUAUUGGAGAUUUUUUUCGAAAUCUGUGGGGACCCUACGCUGGCUGGGCGCAGUCUGUUUUGUUUUGUUCAGACCUCAAGAAGUUCCAAAGCCUCAAAGAGACGGCACAUCUAAAGCAACCAGUGAAAGAGGAAGAGGGUGAAGAGGAAAAAAUGCCAUGCAAAAAGACCAAAGUAAAAACUGAAUGUACAGGAACCGCGGGGAACCUGAAAGCCAAGCCAGCAUGUCACAAGAAAGCAAAGAUUUCUGUUAAGAAAGAGCCGGUAAUGUGAGGUAAACAGGAGUCUUACACUGAGAUUCAUAUCAGGCUACAAAACCACACAUUUGCACAAACUGUGCUUGUUCAGCAUCAUGUGACGUGAAAUGAAAUGUGGAGAUGAUUUAUCUUUCAGAAACAUGACAGAAAAUGGAUCAUUUUCUCUUUCUCAGGGUUUUUAUAUAAUUGUGUUGUAGCAUCACUUCACUGUAACAAAUAGAGCACACUAAUGAUUUUUUUUACAAUAAAAAAUAAGUACCUCACA